GUUGAGUGCGUUUGGGGUUUAUUUAUGCGUGUUAUGUGAUAUGAGCAGUAAAGUGUCACACGAUGAUUGUUGACUUAAUUAUUCAACGGUAUUCAAAUAUUCGAAGAGAGUGUGACUGCCAUGUCUUCGGUUAAUUCUCAAGAACCUUUAAUCUCCGUAUGUGCAGAGCACUUUGCCAUUUUCAUCUGUUCUUUACCGCUUUUUUCAACUGCAUUGUGUGUGCUGAUUGCUGUGGUUUGGCAUUUUGAUGAAACUACAAGGACCCACUGCAAGGUAGGCUGAAUUGUGUUUAAUUCAAUAAUUUAUGAAUUUGAGCAAAGUUCGCUUGCUUCUUUCUUCUCUUUUAUUCUAAAGCAAUUUUUGACGUUUUCUUGGCAGCUUUUUUAUUAUUUUGUUCGUUAUUACUAGCUGUUCUCUCGAUAGCCAUAGUCAUGAAACAAAGCUUAAAGACACUCUCGCCCGAAACAACUUAAAAAGUGUCACGCUGAUAUCUGCUCAUAAAGCAAGAUUCUGAAUGAAAACGCUUGACAUUAAAAAAUAAAGGGAAGUCAUCUAUAAAAACCGCUAAGACAAGCGGUGAAAAGGUCUUCUGAAACGAUGUUGAAGGCUGUUAGAGGAAAGUGUUCGAUCUAUUUUUAUAACAAGCUGAAUUACACGGGAAUUUAAUAUUUUGUCUGGUUCUUUGUUAUGAUCUAUGAGAGGAUGGACGCUAAGAUGACGCCACCAUGAACACAUUUUUCGCUUCUUACAUGAAACAAAUAGAUUUCCAUGUUGUGGGUCCGUUCACUGAUAGAUCACUGAAUCGAAUAUGUUUUUGUUACCACAUUUUAACGUCAUCUGAGAUCAAUUUCUGAACAGAAGCACUCUAACACGGGUUCUGGAAUAUAUUUAAUGACAUUCAGGCCCAGUCAAACGCACGAAACAUUUCAACGCACUACCUUGCAACAUUUUGAGAUCGUUUUGUGAGAUGUUGGGAAGGAGAUGGCUUGUAAAAUGUCGAAUAGAGCACCGUGCCUAAAAGAGCACGAUGCAUAAAUUAUGACUGAUUAUGCAGUUGGAGCCAUUUAUUUGUCACGCAGGAUACGGCCUCAUCGAAUUGCUCUCGCUGUUAACGCUGUCCUUUCGUUGACAUACUUCGUUUGGUGCUGAAUUCUUUUCUAAUCUUUAGGUUACUCUUUUUACAAAAGUCAAAACAGCCUACAAGAAGCUUACAUCUGUGAAUGUAACAUUGCGUAAAUUGAGUCCUACGGAUCUUGUGAAAUGCCGAAUCGAGCAGCAUGGCGAAAAGAGCAAGACGCAUAAAUUAUGACUGAUUUGGCAAACAGAACCAUGUGGUUAAUCAAGAGUUGUCACGCAGGCUACGGCUUUGUAAAACUGUGUAAGCCUUUUGUUUCAGUUUUCAUUAGGUGUGACUUUUGACCAAAAUAUAGGCUGCAGUAGGACUAUCAAAGCACCCAGUGACUGCGUUCGAUAAUCGAAUAGAAAUCCGCCUCGCUAAGUUGCAAUUGGGUCAUUUUUGUUCCCCUUCCACCAAUUUUGAAGAAAUAAUUCAUCUCUUUAGUUGACUGUAACUUCCUACUAUCAUUUCUAAAAUAUGAUCGGUUUCGGCAAAACAAUAUUUUCGAAUUCUUUAAUCAUCUCAGUGACGGUAGAGCUUUAAGAAUGCCAGGUUGUGAAAGUGGUAGGAAUAAAGGGAAGAUAAAUUGAAUGCGUGAUACCUAUCACUAAGCUACUACGACGUUAUCACACAGCAAUAAUUGUGUGUGAUUACAAACAGAAGUUACGAAAACCCUGUUUUGGUUAAAACGAUCUGCGAUUGCCGAUUAUCAAAAGCGCUUAUGAAAAUAUCUACAUACAUUUUCAAUUACGAGACAGAACCAUUCGUAACUUGGUGCUUAAGUUGCAGAAAUCUUCGCUACAUCCCUAUAUAAAGAUAUAAAUGCUUUGCACGAAUAAAAUAAGAGACGAUCAUAAGUGCUCAACCAUUUCAACUUUAACCUCAAAACAUGUAACGUCAUGUCAAACAAGCCAAGCUUCAUAAUUCGCAGCUGUCAGAUAAGCAGACGAACAAUGUUAAGAGUAAAUGUCAGUAAAAAUCAAGGAAAAUUCAAAAAACGUGGCCACGGUCAAAAAAUCGAUUGCGCUCAUACUUUGUCAGUUUGAAGGCCUAGGUAAGUAACUGAAGGAUAUGAGGUUAGUUUUUUGAAAUAUUCCAUAUAACGGCAGAAAACCACGAAAAACGGUCACCCUACCGGAAGCUCGGAUUUCACCUGGCGGAAACUCGAAAUUUUACACUUUUCAGCUUCUCGCUACACAGACGUUUACAUAGCUGUGAAUCUUUCUUAAGUAUAAUUGAAUACAUUGAUUCUUCCUUAGUCAAACCAUGGGAAUUAUUUUUAUCUCUGCUUAUUUGUGAGCGAACUGAGACCCGAUUAAGAAGACACACUUUUCUCAUUUACGCGAAGGUGUAAAAUAAUCCAAACUCAGCGACGAAAAAAGCUGACCGGUAGUUCUUCAAAUCCUCUGAUAUUAUAACCAAAGACAGCUCAGUCAUUGAUUUUUAGGUCUACGGUUUUAAAUCUUUAGGAUCUAGUAGCACUUUUGCACGAACGCCGAUCAAAAUUCGAUAAAAUUCCAAUUGAGCGCCUUUGAAAUCUACAACUCUACAUAACAAAGCACUAUUGAAUAAAUUAACUCCUCGGCCAAAGUUUGUACAUAAAACAUAAGGGUUUUGCUUUUUUAGCGGUUUGAAGCGUUUUAAAAAUAUAUAUUAAUGUUAAAUAUUGUCUACACAGGUAAAACAAACUAUGAAACACCAAAAUUACCACGAGCUGAAAUUAAAUCUCACAGGCUCGCUCCCUAAUCUGCGUCACACACGAGCGACUUAGCUACAAUUAGUACAGUAACAAACAGAUAUUUACAUCCGUUGAUUUUAAAUAAGUCGUAUUUUUAAAAUGUCUUACUCAAAGAUGUGCCAGGUUUCCCAGUUAACUUGCUGAAAAAAAAAGAAAACCUUAAUGGUAAUUCUAGCUCAAUAAUAAUUGAUUUUAUUUAGUAUGAGAAGUUUUGUGCCGUCGAAAACCAAUCGGAAGUAACUGUUUCCACGAAAAGCAAAUAUUGCAUCGUUCUCUAAAUAAACAAAUCUACUUAAUCAUAUAACCAGAGUAUGUUGUUGGCGAAGUUAAUAGACAUACAUAACAACGACGUCUUGCUCGUUCUUGAAUAUUGUCGGUGGGAUUUGCGGCGCAGACGAACGCACUUGCUAAGUAACUUCCAAUGGCUAAUUUCUACCCUUACUCAGCUUUCGUCACACUGCUCACGCUGUGUAACAAGGAUAUAAAACAUCGCACGAAGUCCUAAAAAACUCUCCGAACUUGAGCCAGAAUUGAUUUUAGCAAGAUUGCGUGUUUUUAAAAGCCAACGAGUUUAUUGGAGAUGACUACCCGUACCGUCUCAUCGUGUCACUUAGGCAUAACCUGACACGAUGUCGAUAGUUUGGACUCCUGAUGGCCGAGAGCACUCGGAUUUCUUUUUUUCGAGUACGCCUGUGUCACUUACUGAAUAAUACAUCAUUCUCAUUUAUUCACCAGGCUUAAAAAUAUUCCAUCACAUUUAUUCCAUUGCGCGUAUGCCACACAUGACAUUCCAAUCCUAGCAGUAUGCAGGAUGUUUGUCCCAUGAAGCACUCGGAUUUUUUUUUCCGAUUAUGCCUGUGUCACUUACUGAGAAAUACAUCAUGUUCAAAAGUAUUAAUUUUUGCACCAUACAGGAAGUUGUUUCGGGUCACUCAGCAAGAGCUGUGAAAAGUAGCCGCACUGGAAUAGGAAUAUAUUUUUUCCAAUCCAUGAAGAUAUUUGACCUUUCAAAAUAGCUCGUCCCUAUGGGCUCAGGUAAAUAACAACUAAAAAAUGUACCACCAAGCAGGAACUGUCUCCAAUGAGUUUUGUAUCCUCUUCAUUCUGUUGUCCAAUGCGACUAUUAAAAACACUAUGAGUUUUACGACUUGCAUGUUUUAUUGAUUGCGCUUGUCAAACAACACUACAGUCUGUCAUUGAUAGAGAAAAUAAAGUUUAAUUUAGACAAUAUUCGAUGAAAAAUACUAAGAAUUUUCCAAAGAGGGCACCGAAGAAUAAAUGAUGUGCACUGUCAUUUUUACGACAUUUAAAAAGGAGGGAGGGGGGUGGGGAAAGGAUUUAACAACCAUACUACUCUCUCUCCCCAACCACCCACAAAGUGCACAGUUUGCACAGUAUACUAGUGGAAACGUCACACCAACAUUUAUAUGUUUACGUUUAAUAGCACAAUUACGGUCGUUGCAUCACUCCAAUAUGGCCAUAAUAAAUAAUUCAUUGGAGACAGUUUCUGUUUGGUAGAACAUCAAGUAGUUGGUUGCUUACCUGAGCCCACAGGGACGAGCUGUUUUGAAAGCUCAAAUAUCUUCAUGGAUUGGAAUAAAUUUAUUCCUUUUUCCAGUGCGGGUGCCUUCCUCAGCUCCUUGCAGUGACCAGAAACAACUUCCGGGAUGGUGCAAAGAUUACCCGUCCUUCGCCAACCUAAACCUAACUUGGCACGAUGAACCGGACAGAUAGUCAUAUCCGAUAAAUUCGCCGGCUUUUGAAAACAUCCACAUCUCGCCAAAAUUAAUUCUACCUCCGUUUCAAUUCCGGAAAAUUUCAACGACUUUUUGUGAAUUUUGAUAUCCCUGUUACACCGCGUGAGAGGCGUGACGGAAGUUGAAGAACUUGUGCGUUCGUCUGCGCCGCAAAUCCCACCAACAAUAUUCAAGAACGAGCAAGACAUCGCUGUUCUAUGAAGUUCCCCGACAAUAAACUCUGGUUUUAGAUGCAAUGUUUCACAGAUAAAGAUAAUUCGAUUUAUUUAUUUAAAGAACGAUGCAAUUUUCGUGAGAACAGGUACUUCUGAUUGGCUAUCGACGGCAUAAAGCUUCUUAUUCUUAAUAAAAUCAAUUCUUAUCGUUUCAGUUUGAAUUGCUAUUAUGAUAUUUUCUUUUAUUUUUACUUCAGCAAGUUAACUGGGGAACCUGGCACAUCGUCGAGUAAGACAUUUUAAAAAUACGACUUAUUGUAAAUUAACAGAUGUAAAUAUCUGUUUGUUACUGUACUAAUUGUAGCGAAGUCGCUCGUGCGUGACACAGAUUAGGGAGCGAGCCUGUGAGAUUUAAUUUCAGCUCGUGGUAAUUUUGGUGUUUCAUAGUUUGUUUUACCUGUGUAGACAAUAUUUAACAUCAAUAUAUAUUUUUAAAAGGUUCAAACCGCUAAGAAAGUAAAACCCUCAUGUUUUAUGUACAAACUUUGGCCGAGGAGUUAAUUUAUUCAAUAGUGCAUUGUUAUGUAGAGUUGUAGAUUUCAAAGGCGCUCAAUUGGAAUUUUAUCGAAUUUUGAUCGGCGUUCAUGCAAAAGUGCUACUAGAUCCUAAAGAUUUAAAACCGUAGACCUAAAAAUCAAUGACUGAGCUGUCUUUUGGUUAUAAUAUCAGAGGAUUUGAAGAACUACCGGUCAGCUUUUUUUCGUCGCUGAGUUUGGAUUAUUUUACACCUUCGCGUAAAUGAGAAAAGUGUGUCUUCUUAAUCGGGUCUCAGUUCGCUCACAAAUAAGCAGAGAUAAAAAUAAUUCCCAUGGUUUGACUAAGGAAGAAUCAAUGUAUUCAAUUAUACUUAAGAAAGAUUCACAGCUAUGUAAACGUCUGUGUAGCGAGAAGCUGAAAAGUGUAAAAUUUCGAGUUUCCGCCAGGUGAAAUCCGAGCUUCCGGUAGGGUGACCGUUUUUCGUGGUUUUCUGCCGUUAUAUGGAAUAUUUCAAAAAACUAACCUCAUAUCCUUCAGUUACUUACCUAGGCCUUCAAACUGACAAAGUAUGAGCGAAAUCGAUUUUUUGACCGUGGCCACGAUUUCUUUAAUUUUUACUGACAAUCACUCUUAAAUCUCUCCAUUUGGGUUUUUUCUUGUACCCAAUGUCACGCGACCACUUUUCCAUAUUUGGAUUUGUACAUGAGGUUAAAGUUUUGGCAGAUUAUUUAAACCGCCAUCUUGAUCUUAUCUCACUAAUCUUGUCUUUUUCUCUGGGCCAUGGGCUAAUACAUUGCAAAAAACUCAAACAUUAUUCAGUGCGAGACUGGAAUUCAUUCUUCUCAGAGAGAGAGUUUUGAAUAGGAAAGAAAAUCCACAAAUCUCGUGUCUGUAUCGAGUCUGAACAGCGUGUGAGACUUGAGGUCAAUCUUAAUAGCUCUCGCCCAAUAGAGUGCGCGACUAGAGGCAAUUUUACUUGACGUGUUUGUUUUCUAUGCUCGUCAAAUGGAGUACAGAACUCGAGGAAAUCUUGCUGGACACGUGCGUUUUCUGUGCUGUUACUCUACGUAAUAACUGUAAUUUGUUAUCGCUUGUCAGCUUGUGUUUCUUACGGUGGCCAUUUUACCGGAUCAACUCAGUUGAUCCAACCAAAUUUCGACAAAUUACUUGUUACAUACAUUACCCCGCUAACACAGCGUAACAGAGUGAUAUGGUUUCCUCUCAUCCUUACUACAACAUUUUAAGCCGUUAAUUAAAGGCAUAAUUUUAUACAUACAUACAAACAUACAAACAUACAUACGUAACUAACGGCGUAAUUUGCAUUCACUCUUACACAUAGUGUCGCAUUUUAAGCCGUUUAGUAAGACUACUAACAGCGUGAUUUGCUUUCACUGUUAAAACAACUGUCAAAGUUUAAGCCGUUAACGAAUGGCGUAAUUUGGUUCUGUGUUUAGUAAGUCCAUUGUAGACCACGAUAAUCACUUAUUGCACCGUCGUGUAAUUACCGUGCGGAAUCAGUUUGUUGAUUAUAUCGUAAGCUGAAUCAUGGACGCCUUUCAAGAAGUUCUAGAUAAUAUUUUUCCCCCUAAAGAAGUUACGUCAAACCAAUAGCCAACGAAAUAUCUCAUUUAUAAGGCAUUCACUACUCCAUAAUCUUCAACAACUCCAUUUUUUUGUAGCAAGAAGGACCAAGGCAAAACGAGGGCCGGUUGUUCUUAAUUAAAAGCGAUGAAUUGCCUUUACACGACAUAAUUCUCUGAUAUGAAGUCUAAAUUUAAUUUCGUGCCAAAUUGACUCACUGCCAAAUUACGUCAAUAAAUAAAAUGUUAACUUAUGUAUCAUAAUGAAAGAAAGCACUUUGUAGAAUGGUGCUGUUUGUAUGUGAUCCAACCACUUAACGUGAGACAAAAAUGUCGAUCAUUUGAAUUUCCACAUCCAGGCUUGUCUGAGUUUUACUUUCCAGAUUUAGCACAAUCCUUUAACAUCAGAGAUGCAGUUUGAAGCCAUUCAAACUCUUUUAACCACUACAUCCAAAAUGUUAUUUUGUUUGUUCAACGUUUUGGAUUCCCUUUUUUACAGUUCAUUUCCGUAAUAUUUAUUAGUUGUAGACACUUGCGAUUUUCAAUUGAUCAAAUGAGCACAAUGCAACAAAAUGACAGGAGCUCAGUCAAGUUUUCUGGUUGUGUGAUAGUCUUUACCAGUCUCCUCUGGCUGGCAUCUUACUUCAUUUUGUUCUUGUGUUUUAUGUCACCCAAACAGCAACAAGAUGAGACUUGUUGGCCCAGAUCUCGUGUAAACAACCGGCCCUGUAUAAUGAAAUUUCUUGUAAUUUAAAUAAAGUAUUGUGCUCUGAACUGUCUCAAAUUUGAAUGGCUACUUCUUUUUAUUUCCUUAUAGGUACCAAACUUUUUACCUUCAAUAAGUGCCGCUAUUGGAGGGAACAUGCCUGAGAGGUUUAUAUGGAGAGUUGGAAUAGCUUUGCACUGUCUACCACGAAUUCUUAUCAUGCCUUAUUCACUUCAUAAACAUUACAAAAAUACUCAGUUGGGCAGGAAAUACAGCUCUACAACUUGGUGGUUUAGUUUGCUCAAUUUCGUAAAUGGUGCUUUGCAUCUAGUGGAAAAUGGAGCUCUCUUAACUUUAACCUACAUUUCUUCAACUGAUAAUUUUGGUGAGUAAUUGAAUUGAUAAAGUGUUUUAUUUUUAUCACAUUUUUUCUUUAUGACAUUUCAUGUGUUUGUAUUGUUCUCAUCAUGGUAUGGGCGCAAUUCUUUUAAAAUUCUUGAAUUAAAAAUUUUUUUAAGUAUCGUAUUUUGAAUUACUGAGAUUGUUAGGAAGACUUGGGCUAUCAUGACAGAUCAAAGUUAUGGUUGCACCUUAGGCCUCAAUCUCCCUUUGAUUUUUUGUUCACUUUUAAAAGUCUUCUGGACACUUGAUGUCCAUUUAAGUUUUAUUUACCAUUAGUUCUGGGUUAUGACUCAAAUAAUAAUAAUUAAGAGUUCUUUUUCAGAAAUCAGAAUCAUAGAGUUAAGAAAAAAAGUCUGAAAAUUGUAGUUGGGCACUUUUAGAAUAAUUUUUCAAAUUUAACAUGGUGUCAAGUAUUGCUGUUUCUGAUUCUACAACUAUAUGCUGGCUCUUAAUUCAAUUAUAUUUGUGUCACAAUUUUCACCUCACUUACUUUCUAUUUCUCCAGAUGUCCAUGAAGGGUCAUUUAUUGUUUUUAUGGCAUCUGCAAUAUUAUUUAUGCUUUUGACUUGUAUUUUAUUCCGGUUGACUGCGACACAACCAAUGACUGAUGAGGUACAUAGUUACAUUCAUUCAAACAAUAAAUUGUUGUUCACAAUGAUGCAAUGGUUACCAUUUCAUUUUUUGAUACUCAAUCGUUUUAAAUUCUCUAUGACAUGCUAAAGUACAGUCAUGAGUUAGUCAGUAUACUGAAACAAGGUUGCUUAGUGAUAGUAACAAAUUUCAAAUAGGAAACUUAAACACACCUGUUUUUGAGACAUGGGUGGAAACGAGACGCAGAAUAAAACGGCUAAUGUCUCACUCACAUUAAUAUCGCCUGUCUGUUAGGAAGCCCUUGUUUCAGCAUCUUACACUAAAUGCUAGAGACAAAAGAUCUGUGAACUAAGCCCUUAACAUGCAUAACAGAAACUUGGUAACGAUGAACGUAAGAAUUGCAAAAAAGCAUUCGGCGACACUCCCUCUGCAUUCACGCAUGUACCCUCUUACCUGCACAUGUACCCUCUUACCUGCUCUCCAGGCCAUAGUAAGCAUUGCAGAGAACUCUUGACUUCUGCUUGCCAUCCACGUAACAAAGUUAGUGAGAAAGAGAAGGGUCAGUUCCUCCUUUCACAGCUACAAAUAUGUACAUGUAUGUGAAGGUUCUUUAUAAGUGUCUGCUUAUACGUGAGAAAAAUCAGCGAGGGACAAAAUGGUUGGUUAAAGAUUAAACUUAUAUUGAAAGUAUGAUGGAAAAAUAGUGUAGUAUAUUUAAAUCUAUGAUGUAAAUAAUUGCAAAUUAUCUUUCUGUCACAGGAAUACAAAUUAUUUAAAAGAAAAGUGGGUACUAUGUCCUUCAACUGUUGUUCUUUUGGUUUAGCUGUGUAUUUUUAUCUGAGGCACAACUGGUAUUGUGAACCCUACAGUAUCCUUUACAAAACGGUUUCAAUGAAAUGCAGUAGUUUAUAGUUGCGGAUACUCAGACAGUAAAAAGCAGUAUUGGUAGAAAACUUUGUAAACAAUACAACCCGAGAUUAAUUGUUAAAUUGUUUAUGGAGAAGGCUGAAAGCAACCUCGAUGGUGGAUAGAGUGUAUGGGACUUAUUAAGGACACACAGUUUUUGAGUUCAAGGCUUAAGGUAGAUAAGUUUGAUCUUUUCACGCUUCACUUGGGUAAUUGGGCUUACAAAAUAUACUUUGCCUCUCUGCUUUUAUUCUGUAAAUCGGGUAGAAAAUUACAUUUUAUUUAUUUUGGCGUUUUCAGUCUUUGUAAGAGGGAAAGAAUCGAGGUUACCUGUGAAGCUGGUACUUGUCUGAGCUUAUAGAGUGCUUUUCGAUGGGUUUAGGCCUUGAGCGACGCAUCAAAUGAGUGCUAAGCAUGCUGGACUUUAGAUCAGGAGGAAAGGGCUGAGCUCUGGCCUGAGCAUGGUACAGUGUUCUUGGGCGAGACACCUAACUUUCACGCCGCCGCUCUCCACCUCUCCACUUAAGAGUGUGAAACUGAUACUAGCAAACUUCCGUGGAAUGGGAUAAUCUGAAAAGGAUUGGCAUCCCAUUCAGGAGGAGUUUUAAUGACAUACUCCUAUUUAUAUACUUGGGAGACGUGGUGGCCUAGUGGUUAGUGCACAGGAUUCUGGGUUGAGAGGUUUAGGAUCGAGACCGGGCCCCCUGGUCAAUGUGUUGUGCUCUUCAGCAAAACACUUUAUUCUCACAGUGCCUUUCUCCACCCAGGAGUAUGAAUGGGUACUAGUGAACUGUCAGGGAAUCCUGAUAAAAUGCUGGGGAGUAACCUACAAUGGACAGGCAUCCCAUCCAGAUGGUGGUAGUAAGCUCCGACUAGAUGGGACACUUGGCUCAAGAACAAACUUUACCUAACUUACCUAUUUACCAUUAACGCCACCAAAACCAGGGAUGGGCAUCAACAUUUACUAGCCCACUAGGCCUCUAAGACUAACCCCUCCCUCUUUUCUUAAAUGGCUGUAUGGAUACUAUUAUUUAAAAGGAAUGUAAAUAAGUCACCUUAUUUGUUCAUGGAAAUUUCGUAACUUUUAUGAAACCAACCAGAAUAUCACAGAUAUCCGACAAGAGCAUAAAAUAAAGGCUGACUAAUUUAGCAAUAAAUAAUUAUAACAUAAAACCACUUUGUUGAGAAACAUCAACCUUUUCCUUAACAUGUGUUUCUCACUGCAGUGUAUACUCUGUUUGCACUGUCUGAAUACUUGACAGUUGUAUCUAACAUAGCUUUUCAUUGGCUUUGCACCUGGAUAUUCAGUGGAUGCAGUAUUUCAAUCUUGCACAAUGACAACCUUCAGGCAAAGAUGAGAUAA